GUUUCUCUGGAGCACUUCCGGUAUGUGACGUGUCUGGCUCGGAGCUCCAUGUCUGCUCGGACCCGGAUGCUAAACAGUGGUCUUGUGUGGCUGUACCAGACGGUGGACUGGAGCAGUACAGCACAGUCAAGACCCACAGAAACUGUCCGGGGCAAAGAUGUUGCUGUUGCUUCUCGGAGCUUUGUUGGCGACCCGAGUUUCUGGCUUUUAUCUCCCAGGUCUGGCCCCCGUCAGCUUCUGUGAGCCCGGUAAAGAUCAGGUCCCAGAGUGUAAGGUAAAUAUGAGACCAAAAGAAUCAUCUCUGUUUGAGGUGUAGGCUAACAGCAAACCAUGUCGCAUAUAGUCGUUACAUUAACUCAGGAAAGACACUUGUGUUCAGAGCUGCUCCGAAUGGUCCUGUUCGGGGCACCGGUACCGGUACCGGGACCUUCACCAGAACAGCAGACUUUGAAACCGGAGGGGCAUAUUUGUGAUGGAGCUCAAAGCAUUAUUGUUUAUUUAUUAUCUGUGAUAGUAAACUGAUGGAUUAAUCAGGUCGUAUCUGUGACUGCUCAGAGUAUAAACCUAAAGCUGGACUUGGUUGUUGUCAUCAGUAUUAGGGUGUUGCUCAGACAUCUUCAGAACCUCAUGAGUGUGCUUUCUUCUCCUCUAGUCCACCAUUGAGCUGUUUGUCAACCGGCUGGACUCUGUGGAGUCUGUCCUGCCUUAUGAAUACACUGCGUAAGUAGUAAUGGCCUUUAUUUUUUCUCUAUACCAUAUAUACAGUAUAUGUAAUUUGUUUUUAAAAAUUUACCCCGUUUUCUGUGUCUGCAGACUGACUGAUGUUUGUGUCAAAAUAUUGAUAUACCAGUGCGAAAGAGGCUGAAUCUGGUGGUUAUGUAAAAAACAACAGCUACAAAAUUCUAAUAACAAAAACAAAUGAAACAUUAUUAGUUAUUAUUGUUGUGUUUUUAUUUGUAUCAUCAUUGUUGUUACCGUAAAUUUCUUUACAUCAAAAAUAUAAAUUAAGUACAAGUAUAUGAAAAUCCAAGGCACAUAGUUGGAAGUGAAUUUACACAGAAAUAGUCUUUUUAUGGGUUUUGGUUAAAAACACAGCGACUAUGUGAAUACAUGGUGUACCUUAUUCUGCCCUGAAAAUUAUUUAAUAGAUCUUCUUUUGUGAAGGUUUGACUUCUGCUCCGAGAAAUCAUUAAAACGUCCAUCUGAGAAUCUGGGUCAGGUGCUCUUUGGAGAGAGGAUUGAACCCUCUCCAUACAAGGUACUGUGCACCUAUAGCAGUAUUCGUAGCAUUAUGUUGAGUAUUUCCAGCUAUCCAGACACUGACUUAUUCAAACAUGGUGUGACAUACUGUCGAGGUUAAAUGUGCCAUUUAAUCAUUAUUUAAUCUGUGUAACAGGUUUAGACUAAACAAAUGUAAGUCUCUCAGUACCUCAGACUGUACAUAGCAUUAAGUAGUACUAAGAGAAUGGGUAAGUAAGCAGUGUUGCUGGAAUUGCUAUUAUUUUAAAAGUUAAACAUUUUCAUUUUCAUGUGUGACAAAGAAUUUUAGCUGCCCAAUACUUUGACUCUCCCUUGUUUUUUCUAUAACUCACAAUAAAGUUUCCAGUGGAGACUGCAUGUAGGCCAGUGUAGUAUCUGGAUUCUUCAUCUAGAUGUCAGCACAGGUAGUUUUUCCUGCUGGGCAUUGCUGCCUGUCGCACCUCUGACAGUAUGGAGUCCUUCCUAGAAUUCUUGUAUUACUGCUGCAGCAGCCAUACUGUAGGAAGGGUCAUAACAUUGUCCUUGCUGAAGUAAGCAGUGCCUGUCUCUGAUAAAACCUUAACAUACAUUGUUCAGUAUUAAUGGAGCCUUGACUCCAUAGCCAUCUUGUCCAACAGGUAAAUGUUUGCAAAUAAAGUCUAGUUGUUAACUAUAGCUGUUAAUAAGCUGCAAGCAUUAGUGGUGAGCAGGAUUUUCGUAAUCUGUCAUUUCACAUGUUGUUGCAGCUGUUUGUUUUUCUAGCUGUAUUAUAAUUAUAAAAGAAUAACCCCGCAGUACAGGAGCAGCUGCCUAAAUGGGUUAGAUGCUUCCCACUUCACAAAAAUCCACACUAAACCAGGAAAGAAUAGUUAAUCUGUGUUUAUGUGUGCAGUUUCUGUGGAUAUGGAAACCAUGUUGAAGGUGAGGUGUUGAAAUGAAUUUUUUGAUAUCACAUUGAUUCCCUUGUUCUUUUAUAAACUUGCAGAAAUGCAUGAAUGUUAUCUGCGAUGAAAAAGUCAGUGAAGUGCCAAAGCCCGCUCACUCUAACCUAGCUUCCUGUUUUUCAGUUUGAGUUCAAGAAACCUGCAGUGUGUCAGAAGGUGUGUACCAGAACCUACGAUGCAAGCAGUCCAUCAGACAAAGCCAAACUGGACUUUCUGAAGAAAGGCAUGUUACUCAACUACCAGCAUCACUGGUAUGAGACUGAGAACUCAGUGAGACACACAAAUGUAAACCUAACAAUCAGGACCUGUUCAGUGAGGUCUUUGAUACAGAUGCACACCAAGGUUAAGAGCUUUGGAGUAGUUAGUGGUCUCAGUGUAGUAUUUGUGACUCUCUGACUUGGGUGUGUAUGUGUUUGCUUAGGAUUGUGGACAACAUGCCUGUCACGUGGUGCUAUGAUGUUGAAGAUGGACAGAAGUUCUGUAAUCCUGGUUUCCCCAUAGGCUGUUACAUCACAGAAGCAGGUCGACCAAAGGAUGCAUGUGUGGUCAAUGUGAGUGAAUCCUUUUUUAUCAGUUAUCAAAACAUCACAUGUCUAUCUGUGCAUAAACACAACCACACUUUAUGAGUGAGGAGCUGCUCCACCCUCAUCUCAAAUAUUGAUGAAUAUUGGCUGAAUCAUCAGCCUUAGGUCCUAAGGUACAGAACUUAUUCUUCAUGCUGUUGUUACACAGCUCAGGUUUUUUUUUCACAUUAUCAGGCUGGAAUAGCACAGUCUUCUCUGAUAAGGGAUUCAUCAACUAGGCAGCAUAUGUUGAAACCUUUAUAUAAUGUUCAGUAUUAACAAGGCAUCCACAAAUCUGUUUAUUACCCAUGCCAUGAGCAAGAAUGCCAGCUUAUGCUAAUAAGCUGAAUAACAAGCUGAAUAAACUAUGAUUUCUAGAAUCCUACAGCUUUAUGUUGUAUUUUUCUGAAAUAGUUGAACUUUAGCCAGCACAGUCAUUCAUGUUGUGGUCAAGCAAGACAAUAGACAUCAAUAAAAAAAUUUAAGGACAGCGUUAAAUUAGACUGGGAGUUAAUGGUAGUAUAAAUAAAUCAUUUUGGAGUGAAAUAAACCCAUUUUCAUUCAUCUUACACUUGCUAACAACACCUAAUUUACAAAAAAUGCUUUUAAUUUCAAACUCAUGGUUUUUGUUUUUCAGUCUAACUUCAAUGAAAAGGAUGCCUUUUACAUCUUUAAUCAUGUGGAUAUCACCAUCCACUACCACAUUGUUGAGCAUGAGCAGCUCGGAGCCAGAUUGGUUGCUGCCAAGAUUGAACCCAAAAGGUAAUCAAUGACAGUUUUUUAGCUUGGUUUUUCAGUUGAUGAACCUAUGUUCACAUAUUGUCCAGUUGGACACACAUUUGCAGAUGCUGUACAGUGUUUUCCUAACAUUAAUUUGCCGCUGCUGAAUGAAUGUAGGGGAAACACUGCUAUAUCUUGAAAAAAAUUCAACCCAAAGAUUGGUUUUAUAAAAACAGAUCUCAAUUCACAAAUCCAGUUUUAGGGGUCUUUGAUCAACAUGCACUUCAGUUAUUUUCCACUUUUUCUGUCCAGCUAUGAAAACCCAAAUGAAGACAGUCCUGAUUGUGCUGGAGGGCCAAAGUUCCUGAAAAACAAACACACCGGGGUGUUCAAGAUCCCGUAUACCUACUCAGUGAACUUUGUGGUGAGUACAGUCCUGUGGCUACAGGUCUAUAUACUGUUUAUACUAUAUACAUAUAUCGGAAGAUGUUGGGACGACAUGGGUGGAUAAAUAAACAAAUUGAAGAUAUAGCUCAGUGGAUGAAUGGGAAAAUGUACAUUAAAAUGGAUUAAUUUUGAUGGAUAGAUUAAUUGGUGAAUAAAAUGAAUGGUUGACUGACUGAAUAGAUAAAUGAAUAAAUGAAAAACUGAAAAGAUGGAUGGACUGACAGAUGUAUAAAUGAUGGAUAGAUAACUUAAAUAGGGAUAGAUGAAUGCACAGCUGGAUGGGUAAUAACUGAAUGGAUGAUGAAUAGAGGUACAAUGGCAUAAAGGUGAAUGAAUGGGUGGGUGGGUAGUUUAACAAAAUGAGGAAUAAAUGUAUGAAUAAUGAAUUAAAUAAUGUUAAGAGUUAUUAAAAAAAAACAGCGUGUCUCAGAGCGUCUUUGCUGACAACAUUGGCUCACAGACACGAAUGGGUGAUGUACUUCAUAAAUAGGUGAUAGUAAGUAUACUGUAGAUAGCAAACAUGAGAUGUUUAUACUUUUAUCCCUAUCCCUAUUUAAAGAGGCAAUAAGAUCGAUGAAUCAUGUAAUUUUAGUCAUGAGAAAAACUGAAGUGUGAUGGGGCAUUUACACACUAACAGAGAAAUGUUUGUGUGUCCAGGAGGACAAGAGUAUCCGCUGGGCAUCUAGAUGGGACUACAUCCUGGAGUCAAUGCCUCAUACAAACAUCCAGUGGUUCAGGUAGAGCGAAUACAAUGACACACAGUAUUCAACUCGUUCGACACUGACAUGAAUAAUGUCUCAGGUUAUUCAUAUGUCUCCUGUAUGAGUGAUCCUUGAAAACAAAAAAGAUUAGAGUAACAGUGGUGUGGAGAUCCAGAAGCCUGCAAUUGGCCUCUCUAUGGCAAAACUCUGGAAUGGUACUGUGUGAUGUGUUGGACAUGAUCCAGAUGAAGAGGCAGUGAUUAGUGUCUUCAUAUUUGGCCUCACUAGCAUCAUGAACUCGUUGGUGAUUGUGCUGUUCCUGUCUGGGAUGGUGGCCAUGAUCAUGUUACGAACUCUUCAUAAAGACAUUGCCAGAUACAAUCAGAUGGACUCUGUGGUGAGUAGCUCUUUUGUUUUCUUUGGCUGAUAGGAGCACUUUUGAACUGAGAUGCAUUCACAGGCUGAAAAUUUACAAAGCAAUGAUUAUCUUCUUAAACGUCAGACAUUAUCACACAGGGCAGCCAUGUCUAUGCCGGAACAUUAAAUGUAAGAUCAUAAGGGGUCUCACAGUGUCGGUGUAAUCAUACCUGCCCUUGUGUUUCAUUCUAUAGGAGGAUGCCCAGGAGGAAUUUGGCUGGAAGUUGGUACAUGGAGAUGUUUUCCGCCCUCCGAGAAAGGGAAUGCUGUUGUCCGUAUUCCUCGGCUCUGGGACCCAGAUCUUCAUAAUGACCUUUGUAACCCUUUGUAUGUAUUUAUAUCCUGAAGAUGUCUUUAAGAAUUAGCAGUGAAAACCAUCUGGGGAGAACUGGUUCCAUCUUAUGACAACAGACCCUCAUAGUUUACAAAUCCCUUUCACAAAUUUGAUCCAGAGAUUGAGAUGAAAGUCUGUUUUUCCCAGUUUUCAAAGAAAGAAAAUUGUUUUAAAUCAGAACAUUUUUAUGUCUUUAAUGUGAGUACAGAUGCUCAGGUGUACUGCCAGAAGCAGAGACAUUAAAUAUGAAGUGAGGCUUUUUUCAUAAGCUUGCUUGACAGAACCUGAAACUCCAGUCUUGGUGUAUGACAGUGGUUGUCAGCUCUAUUUGAACAACCAGGCCCCAUGAGCUUCCUGACAAAAUUAGAUGUUGAAGCACUGUUUGAGUCCUCACUACAUUAAAUAGGCUAGUAGGACUGUAAGCAGUAGUCAGGUUGUUAUCAUAACAGAUUGAAGAAAGCAAAAUGUUUAAGCGUGGUGGAAACUCCCUGCAUGUAUAAAAUCUCAAAUGUGCAUCAGCCCAAGACUGCAGACUGAAGGACAAGGAGACUAUUAAGCUCUGUCUUUAUUUCAUAUUUAAGCGUUCUUUCUUUGAUGUCACAUAUUGUAAAAGUUUGUAUUUUUUUAUUCUGGUAAUACAAGCUAAAGUGAAUACUUUAGAAGGAACAGAAUUAUCUAAGAGUGUGUGACCAAAGAAAUCCCUGCUGGCCAUACUCCACAGCACAGGGUGUUUCCCAUUGGAAGAUUCAACACAUUUAGCCUCUCUGGUCAGUCUUAUCAUACACUAACAUCCCAUCCCACUUACCCUCAGGGAAAGUAGUAUUAGUUCUCUUGGCUCAGUUUUUGUGCGGUCCAGAAACAGGUCUAGUCUUACCUGUCUCUUUGUUCAAAUGUCACUGUGCUUUCUCUCGUGAGCAGUCUUAUUUCCUUUUUUAUCUGAAAUUUUCUGUUGUGCUUUUUUAAAAAGAGUUUUUUUCAUUUCGGACCGAACAACAUCAAAAGUGUCAUAACUUUAUUGUUAUUGCCCAAAGAAAUCUCAGAUAAUGCCUUACUUACUCUAUUAUCAACUGUGUAACAUACCCCCCCCCCCUUUAGUCUUCGCCUGUCUUGGGUUCCUGUCUCCAGCAAACCGAGGUGCCCUUAUGACCUGUGCUGUUGUUCUCUGGGUUCUUCUGGGAACCCCUGCUGGAUUUGUUGCUGCUCGCCUCUACAAAUGUAAGUGAGAAAAUGAACACAAGACAAAAUGUUAACUGGGAAAUUUGGAGGAUUCAUCAAGGGCGGGGCUGAAGUUUAAUUGAUCUUGACAGUUACUGGAAAAUGACUCUAGAGGACUAAAUCUGGUUGAUCUUUAAAUGAAUGAAUUGCAGAUGAUUAAAAAACCUCAAAGAUGUUAGUAUUGAAACGCAAUUGGUUGAAGAUUUGGUAAACACAUGAAUUGAAACAAAGAAAGUACAUCAAAUAUUUAAUUGGCACAUUUAAGUGUUGAAUGAAAAAAAUCAGCUCGUUUAAAUUUGAAGUCUGCAACAUGAUUCAGAGAAGCUGUAACAGAAGCAAGUUGCUAAACAGGCAGGCCAGUUUAGCAGCAGGACUGUUCCGCCGUGCUGACAAGGCGUUCCCAAGCACAAUUUGGUAUUUUGGUGAGCGGCGCAGCCUGGCGUAAGUAUCCCCCCUCCCUAACUCAGCUCCUUCCAGCGGCGUAAGUCGUAGCGAGGGAGGAGAGAGGGCGUGGAGUGGGUUUAACACAGCCGAGACCUGUAUGGACCAAUAACAUCAGCUCCUCCCCUCGCCUUUAAAUCCGCCGCCGGUGAGGCGUAUUACAAUUUUCGUGCAGUAGUCAAAGAGAUCAAGAGAUGUCUGAAGACAGUAAUGCCACAUGAUGGCGACAGAAGGCAGCCCCUUUACAAGAGUCACUGUAAACACUGCAGAGGGCAACCUUCACACUCUCUCAUAUGAGCACAGAUGGAUUUGGUGUGUUUAAUGUUGGACCCACUGGUAAGACAAACAUCCUUUCCACAAAUAAGGACACUCACAUAAAGUUGCACAUAUUCAAACCUCACGUGACAAAGGUGGGUUGUGCGCAGAGAUCACAACAUAAAUUCCAAAAAUGGCAUUGAAAUCGGAACCAUCUCUGCGUAAAUGACGCAUCGCGCUCCGUGGCCUGGCUCUAUCUUUCAUUGAUGUUGGCAUAUAAAAUGAAUUUGGCUCACAAAUAUGGAUAUUAUAAUAUUCGUAUGUAGGCUUAAAGUAAAUAGCUCAUCUGAUCACUGAAACAAAUCAUCUGUUCAGCUGCCGCAGCAGCAGGUGCAGCAGGAUGGGGAGAGGACACGGAGACAUGUCCAGGUCGAGCUGCGCAAAAUAAGAGCAAGCGGAAGAAAGAAAAGGAGGGAGACGAAUUACAUAUCUUGUUAACUUCAUCAUGUGUGUCUAUUUACUAGACAUUUAAUUUAAUUUAAUGCGGUUUCAGCUGUGUUGAUUCGGUCAGGUUGUGUGUCCAAACGCGUGCCAAACGCACUCAUCAGAUCAGAUAUAGAUCAGAAUAUAUCUAUAUAGAUCUAAAUGUAUGUACUGACUCAGAUUAUUAGUUGUUGAUGAUUAUUUAUUUCACUGAAAUGUACCUGACACUGUGGAAACCUGCUGGUGAGGCAUCGGUGACGUAUGCCGAUACACCGCCGGUCUACCAAAAUACCACUAGACCAGCUGCGCUCUGCCUGCGCUGAAAGCUGACCAGGUUUGAAUCGGCGAGCUUUCAGCGCACUUUACACGCCACUGGCGAGCACGAAAAUGUCACUGCACCAGCUGAUUCUGUCGACACCUCCCUCUGCCACGCCCAGCUUGGCGGACCUUGGUGCGCCUCAGUCUACGAAAAUACCAAACUGGCUGUACGCCGGGCUCCGCCAGACAAAAAUACCACUGCGCGGGGUCCGCCACCCUCCGCCGACUCACCGGCAGACACGAAAAUAGAGCCCUUUGUCUGGAUGGCAGCAGAUGUUGCUCCAUUUUUAUUUAGCGUUAAGAAUGCUGCCUCUGAUGUGUAAGCUUCCUGUGCCAUGGACAGUUAUUCAUCCUAAUGCUAUUAUGGAUGCUGGCUUGAACCGUGUACUGAUAAGAAGCCAGUUGGUCCCUGUAAUCUUUCGAGAAGAGGAUUCAAUGUUCAUAAAUGACUGCAUUUGUUAGUGUCGGCACAGUUUUUCCAGUCCAGAGUCAUGUCUAUAAUGCAGACCAGCUGAGGAACUAAAAAUCACAACCAACAUCAGUUUUUGGCUCUGUUCCUUUAUACAGAGUUCUUUGUGUAUUCUUUAAUAUUUUUUUUACUGAGGAACUUCAUUGAAUCUUUGCUCACACCGUCUCUCACUAAGUGAAGAGCUCACUAAGUGAGAUUUAGCCUCUCUGAAUGCCCUUUUGUCCCCAAUCAUGAGACUGUCUUGCAGUUUAACUUAGUUUGUAGAGAAACACUCCUCCAGUAGUUUUUGUGCAUUACAAAACCUAAAACAUGUUGCUAAAUUUUCAUUGAAAUAGAAAAAAAACUGUUACAACAGUUGAUAUGCUGUCUUUGCAAAUUUUCCAGUCAAACGUGUUUUUAAUGAUUUGCAAACCAUCAAAAUUUGUUUUAUUAACAUUUCACAGAGUGUUACAACUUUUUGUAAUCAAAACAGUGAAUGUGGAAAAUUUCUUGCUACGGUUGCAGAGGGACAGUGUUACAGUUAGCAUACUCUUUCUCAAUCCACCGAAGGUAGUUCAAUUCAAGCACACAAGAGGAGACAGCAUGGAUAAAAAAGCUUCAAGGCUGAUCAGGUACAGGUGCUGAGAGAUGAUCCACAGAGGACAAGCAGUUUGUCUAAAGACAGUUAGUUUUGGUUUUAUCAUCUUUGUUAUUAUGAAUAUGUUUGCAUUAUUGUGAUGAUCAUGAAUAAACUGAUAUCAUCCCUGCAGCUAGGCUUUGAUUUCAGCCCUGCCCUUUGCUGUCUGUCUGGUUCAUCUUCAUGUGCCAGCGCUCAGUGAAUUCAGAUUCAAAGAAUUGUUCUGUUUGAAUGGGAAAAAAAAGUGUACACUUUUGUUUUGCUUAUUCGCCAGCUUUUGGAGGUGAGAAGUGGAAGACCAAUGUUCUGCUGACAGCCCUACUCUGUCCAGGGUAAGUCUUCUACUCCAUCACAACAACUUAAUCCUGAUAUCUUUGAUUAACUAACUCAUGGCAGUCUCUCACUGUCUCUGCUCAGGGUGGUGUUUGCAGAUUUCUUUGUGAUGAACUUGAUCCUGUGGGGUGAAGGGUCUUCAGCAGCCAUGCCAUUUGGCACCUUGGUGGCCAUUUUGGCUCUCUGGUUCUGCAUCUCAGUGCCACUGACCUUUGUUGGAGCAUAUUUUGGCUUCAAGAAGGCUGUGAGUAAAUGACAGCACUUACUACCUAAUAUGAUCUGUUUUUGAUGGUGGUUGUGUCAAAUCAGCUGUGGUUUGAAUAGACUGUGAGUAAUCAGACAGCUGAUAGUUGUGGAGAAAUACAGCUGAUUUAGAUGUUGGAGGAGCCUUUAAUUCAAAAAAGUUGUGCUUGGUGAACGUGUUAGCUCCAAUCAUUUUGAUAAUUCAGUAUCUACCAACCCAGAAGUCUGAUUCUUUUCGCUUUGACUGUUUGUUUCAGGGUAUUGAACAUCCAGUGCGGACCAAUCAAAUUCCUCGACAAAUUCCAGAGCAGUCGUUUUAUACUAAGUCCUUCCCUGGUAUCGUCAUGGGAGGAAUCCUGCCUUUUGGAUGUAUAUUUAUCCAGCUGUUCUUCAUACUAAACUCAAUCUGGUGAGGAGGAGAAGGAGGAAAGGUUCUGGGUGGGAUUAUAUAGCACAUUAGACUAUAGAUUGACACUCAGUGUUAGCUAGAAGUUGAUACCAACAUCUGCAGUCCACAUAACAAAGCAUUCUUAAGUGUCCACCCCACUGUGUUUGUCACUCAGUACUAUAGUCAAAUAGCGGGGCGGAUAAUAGCAUAUUACAGGAGAAUCGUUCACUUGCGGAUAAAAGCACUAAAAUUGGCACACAUACUCCUUGGGAGUUGCUCUUUUGAUAUUUCCGUCUGGCCAAAUGAAAAUUCAAGAUGGCAGCCAUUUUUCAAGAUGGCCACCAUUGAAAAUACAGUAAUAUUGCAUUUUGCAAUACAAUCCUAAAAACUUGUCCUAUUUGGAUGAACUUGGUGUCUAAUCAUACAUUUUCCACUAUGCAGAAUCCAAAUUUGGACCCAUGGACUUACUUACUGGCUUCCUUGUACCAUAUUUCAGUCUCAGAAUCCUAAUAUUCUGGUAUUUAUGAAGUUUACAUUAUGUCCGACUUGGGUAAAAUGGUUGGUAACCUAUAUCUUAGUGUUGUUAGAGGUUUAGUGUGUGUGUGUGUGUGUGUGUGUGUGUGUGCGCGUGCGUGCGUGCGUGCGUGCGUGUCGACGAUGCAAGGUUGGACAUGUUUGCCCGGAAGCAGAGGCCGUACGAAGCCAUUCCUCCAACUUGAUCAGCACUUAAGCAACAUGUCAUGCGUGCAUCCUACCAAGCGGGCUGCAUCUGGAGUCAGUCAAUAGUAUGUCAACCAGAAACACAUCGUCCUGCCAACUGGGGCUGGACCAAGAAAGAAGAUCUGUGGCAGAUUGUUUGGACAGAGCUCCCACCCAUUGCAGAGAGUUGCUAGCAGCUGGCCAAGUGUGGAUGCAAGUCGGAAUGCUGCGGUCGAUGCAAAUGCUACUGCUUUGGUCUGACCUGCACGGCACUUUGCAGCUGCAGGUGUGAGGUUUAGAAACGCUGUAGUAAAAGCCUACUCAUCCAAACAGCCUACAUGUAAAAAAAAAAAGAAAAAAAAAAAACUUGCCUCGGUGGGAUCACUACCUUAUCGUGGUGAGGCAGUUUGUGUGUCUCCAUGACCCCUAGAGCUAUGCCGACUGGAGUAUUGUACUCUUGGCAGGGUCACCCACGCCAAACAGCUCGAAGGAUAGAGACCAGACAAAGAGUGAUCCCAUGGUGCUACCAUGCAUUUUAGGUGAAAUUCAAAUUUAUCAGAAUAUUAGGAUUCUGGGACUGAUAUGUGCAGUGAGGACACACCCUUGCCCCCCCCCCCCCCCCACACACACACACACACACACACACACACACACACACACACACACACUGACAGCACACACUAGACCUCGAACAACACUAAGAUAUAGGCUACCAACCAUUUUGCUCGAGUCUCACAUGAUGUAGACCUAAUUAGGAUCAGAAUAUUAGGAUUCCGGGACUGAAAUAUGGUACAAGGAAGCCAGUAAGUAAGUCCAUGGGUCCAAAUUUGGAUUCUGCAUAGUGGAAAAUGUUUGAUUUGACACCAAGUUCAUCCAAAUAGGACAAGUCUAUGGGAUUUUAUUGCAAAAUGCAAUAUUACUGUAUUUUCAAUGGUGGCCAUCUUGAAAAAUGGCCGCCAUCUUGAAUUUUCAUUUGGCAAGACGGAAAUAUCAAAAGAGCAACUUCUAAGGAGUAUGUGUGCCAAUUUUGGUGCUUUUAUCCACAAGUGAACGAUUAUUACAGUUAUCUGCCCAGCUAAAAGCCAUGUACCUGAGUGGGCUUUGCUAAUACUGUGCAGCAGCAGCAGCCUCUGCCAACAGGGUAUGAAUGGAUGAUGGUGGUAUGUAGUUGAAAAGCUCUUCAAUAGUUGUAACACUAGAAAAGCAGAUUAGACAUAGGUUAAGGAAAACAUUCUCAGCAGUGUUUACUUUAGGCCUCAGGACCCCAUCACUCCUUAAUGUCAAGCUGUGACCAAAAUCGAGAACAUUUUCACCUUCUAAAAUGUAUUUCCAUUUAAAAAUGGUGCUGAACAUGACAACACACACACGCAUGCACGCACAAACACACACACACACACACAAAAUAAAGUUAAAUCAUAAACCUAAAUGGCCAGCAGGUGGCGAUAAUAAAGAGGAGAAUGUUUCCUUUUACACACAACAAGAUGCUUUUGAAAUGAAAUUAAAAAGUCCAUCUGAAGGACACCAUGUUUCAGGAAUGUAUAAAUACUGAACAGCUCUUUGUUACCAAUAUUAAAUAAGUAGAACUUAUCAGCCAUUGACCACAAGGCUGUUUUGUUAUGUAUUGUUGUACCUUCACCUCUUACAACAUAGUCAGAGGUUCUUUCUCCCACAAACAAGAAAAAGAAAAAUUUCAUCUGUUGAGAUCAGUUUCAAAAUCACCCAAAUCUUUGUAGCUUUGGCUGAGCGCUCAAUUACGGAAUAAUUCACAAACACUGUACCUUUAAAACUAUUCAGCUACUUUUUCUAAUAAGACUGACAUAAAAUCAGAACAUUUCAAUAGCACCCGUUUUUAACCAAUUCAGUUUGUCUUUGUGCACUUGGUAUUAUCGCCACUUGCUGUUAAUGAAUAGUGUGAAAAGAUGACAGUCUGCUGCAUAAACAUUUCCCUUCAAAAUAAAAGCACAGGGUCUUAGUUCUUCAUUUUCUUUGCCCAGUCAGAUGCCUGCGACCCACUUUUGGGUCACGACCCAUCAGUUGAGAACCAAUGCUUUAGACAGGCUGACCUUAACUUGCAUCUAAGGCUUGUAUCAGUGGUGUCUCCUUUGACCCUAUGACAGUGACUUCUCUGUCCUCCAGGUCCCAUCAGAUGUACUACAUGUUUGGCUUCCUCUUUCUCGUCUUCAUCAUUCUUGUUAUCACCUGCUCUGAGGCCACCAUCCUACUUUGCUACUUUCACUUAUGUGCUGAGGUAAAAAGCAGUUCAUUACCCUUCAAAUAACAGACUGUGUUUUUUUAAUAACAAAAUGAGUCACUAAGUAUCCAUGAACAACAGUAGCUGGACAAAAGGCAGUUUUUGGAAGUUAUUGCUGCUACAUUAUUUCCACAGAACUGUAGAUUAGUAGUAGUAGUAGUAGUCAUUUAUUCAGUCAUGACAACACCAAAUAUUGUACACAAUAUUGACAUUUCACACAAAAUCACUAAAUCAAGAAUCAUAUGUUGGAUAUUGACUGAAAAGGCAUAGGCAGAAGCAGCUUAUAAAAGCCUAUCCUGUAUUGUCAACUUUUUAGGCUACUGACCUCCAGAAAAGCAAAGAAACCACAACAACAGAUAAUUAAUCGCACUUAUAAGCUUCAAAAUUGGCUGUACAAACGGUUUUGUUGAAAACCAAAAACGAAUUACAUGUUUUUAGAUUUAUGUUAGAAUCACUUCAGAAUUUAACUCAUGUAAUGGAGACACAUUUCCUCUUCAAACCUUUUUUAGCUUUUUGUACAGUAAAUUUGCAAGCACCUCUGAGGUUGUACGGACUGUCCUGAAUUGAAAAGAACCUCUGUAUUGAGUCAGGGAGCAUUUUUGAUUUCGCUCUAAACAUAAUUUGCAUUAUUUCAUAAUAAAACAGAUCAUAAAAUUUAAUAACAUGGGAAUUUAGAAAAAGUGGCUCCGUGUGAUUAAAAUAAUCACUUAUUGAUAAUAUGUAUAGCUCGUUUUUGCAGUUUGAUUAUUAAAUUUAUAGUGAUUUUAAAGGUGGAUCCCCACAGUUCCACUCAGUAAGAUCUAUAGGAAACAAUCGAUGAGUAGUAGAUCAAAUGCAAGGCCUUGGAAUUCAAUGCUUUUCUCGAUUUGUACAGGAUUGCAAGUGAUUUUGAAAUUUUCCCUUUAAUGUAUUCAAUGUGUUGUUUCCAUGUUAAAUUUUGAUCAAUGACAACCCCAAGAAAUUUAGUCGAAGUAACUCUUUCAAUGUGAACAUUACAGAUUCUUAAUUUAACAUUACAAUCACUUUCAUUUAGAUUCCCAAAAAACACAUAUAUAUAUAUAUAUAUAUAUAUAUAUAUAUAUGUAUGUGUAAUUUUUUUUUAAUAUAUAAAGAUAAUUUAUUGGUAUCAAACCAAGUCUUGAGAUUUUCCAGCUCCAUUUCUACACAACACAAAAGUUCCUUUAAAAUUCUUACCACAGCAAAACAAAUUGGUAUCAUCUGCAAAUAUUACAUUUAAAAAGAAAUAUGUUACAUUGCAGUUGUCAUUGAUAUAAAGAAUGAACAGUACUGGACCAAUCACUGAUCCUUGUGGUACACCACAUGUAAUUUUUGUCAGCAAUGACAUAGUAUCAUUAAUUUGUACACACUAUUACCUAAAUAACUUUCUAGCCAAGAAUAAACAACCCCCCAUAUUCCAUACAUCUCUAAUUUCUUCAAUAACUGUUUGUGAUCUAUGGUGUCAAACGCCUUCUGCAGAUCAGUAUACAGACCAACAGAACAUUCACCAUUUUCAUUUGCACUUGCUAUUUCUUAUACCAUUUGCAUUACUGCAAAAGCAGUAGUUCUGUUUUCUCUGAAUCCAUAUUAAUUUUCACUUAAUAGUUUAUUUUUAUGAAUGAACAAAUUUAAUAGUUUCACAAACCAUUUCUCAAAAAUUUUAGAAAAUCGCGGCAAGAGUGAUAUUGGUCUGUAAUUUUCCAUGCAUCUUCAUUUUUAUGAAUUGGGAUCACCUUUGCUAUCUUCAUGUUGUUAGGAAAGAGUCCUUUUUGAAAAGACAGAUUACAAACAUAGGUCAUGGGUCUGACAAUAUAAUCAAUAACAGCUUUAAUAAUUGCUGUAUCAAUGGAAUGUAUGUCAAGUGAUAAUUUUCUUACGAUUUCAAUGAUAUCAGUUUCAUGUACCCCACUUAGAAACAUAGAACUAGCAUUAGUUUUGAUCAAACUAUUAAAUAUAUAUUUGUUGUCAUCAGAUACAGUAAUCUGUUUUGCCAAAAAAGCUCCAACAUCUACAAGAUAGUCAUUGAACUCGUCAACAGUAUUUUUUAAAUCAUCCACUUUAUUAUUUACUUUAUUUAUUAAAAAAUCUUGAAGAUCUGAAUUAUUGUUUUUAUUCUGAAUAAUAAAUUUUAUUUAAAGGCGCCUUUCUGACACUCAAGGUCAUCGUACAAAUCACAUUAAAAACAGCAUAAAACAUUUAAAACACAUUUAAGAACAGUAUAAAUAAAUAAAUAAGUAAAUAAGGAAAGACAAAAGAGACAGAGAAAUGGACAUUAUGGUGGAUAGACAGUUCUGAACAGAUGUGUUUUGAGUCUUGAUUUUAAAAGGGUGAAAGAGUCAGUGUUCCUGAGAUCGGGCGUUAAUGAGUUCCAGAGCCGGGGAGCAGAGCAGCUAUAUGAUCCCAUGGUGUUGAGGUGGGCGGGGGGGACAGACAGGUGUAUGGAGGAAGAGGAUCUGAGGCCGCGGGAGGGAGUUGUAACGUGGAGGAGAUCAGACAGAUAUGAAGAGGCGAGGUUGUGGAUGGCCUUAAAUGUAAGGAGGAGGAGAACUUUGAACUGGGUGCGGAACUGGACCGGGUGAUGUUGCGUAGCUGGAAGUGGGCAGUCCGGGUAAUGUUAUUGAUGUGGGAUUGAAAAGAUAGUGUACUGUCCAGGAAGACACCCAGGCUCUUGACUUGGGGGGAGGGUGAAACAGUGGAGUUGUCGAUAGUGAGAGAUAAGCUGUAGGUUUCUGAUAAGGUGGAUUUGGUGCCAAUGAGGAGGACCUCGGUUUUAUUGCUGUUUAAUUUCAGGGAAUUUUGGGUGAACCAGUUUUUUAUUUCAGUGAUGCAGUCAGUAAGGGAGGUGGGUGGGAGAGGGGGAGGGUUUGGUGGUGAGAUAGAGCUGGGUGUCAUUGGCAUAACAGUGAAAAUGGAUGUUGUAUUUACGGAAGAUAUUGCCAAGGGGAAGGAGGUAGAUGAUGAAGAGUAGGGGCCCCAGGACAGAGCCCUGGGGCACACCAGAGGUAACAGGGGAGGGGGUGGAUUUGAGGGACUUGAGUUGGAUGUAUUGAGUGCGGCCAGAGAGGUAUAAUGUGAACCAGUUCAGCGGGGUGUUUCGGUUAAACAGAGGAAGUCCAGUUUAUUGUCAGUGAUGAUGUCCUGGAUGAGUUGUCCCUUGUUGGUCAGUGAGCAGAUGUUGAGAAGAGCGAAGUUGAGUGAGGAGCUGUCAGAGCAGGUGGAGGUGUUAGAGGACCGGGCUAGGUGGGCUAACACACUGUGUUUAACAGCCCUGCUGGUGGAGCUUGGAGGGUGAUGAGAAGUGGACCAGAUGGAUGUAAUUGCUGUUGAGCAAGAAGGAGUAGGAAGGUGUGGCAUUGAAGAAGAAGAGGCAGAUGGGGGAGGAGCCGGCUCGGCCGUGGGGGAGAAUAGUCACAAUACAAUACAAUUCAAUGUAAUAUAAUAUAAUAUAAUAUGAUUACCUUCGAAGUUUUUCGUAUGUUAUUUUUACUGUCCUCCAACAUUUUACCAUAGUAUUCCUUUUUUGAGUCCUCAUAAUGGUAGUUAGUUGAGAUUUUAUGUCCUAACAAUCUGUUAGGACAACCCUGCCUCAUACUUUGGAGUCCUUUUUGUGACAGUGAAUGAAGCCCAGGCAGGCUGACCCCCCAAAUUAAAGAAAAUAACUAUCAUCUUUCCUGGUGGAGUACUUUUGUGUGGCCAUUAAAGAACAGAUCAGCACAUUUUGCACAGUGCCAUCCAUUUUUUGCAGGCACUGUAAGAAAAUCAUCCCAUUUUAUGUUGAUAACUCUACAGUUCCUCCUCUCUUACAUUCAUGAAUGAGGUGGCUGAAAUGUUGGGAAUAGCUCUCAAUAAAAAGCUGCAUAAUCUUUAUAUGUUGGCUAAUGAAAUAAUAAUCAAGGAGAACAUUUAAUGAAAGCAAAAUAUAUAAAAGGAGCAUUUUUUCUGUGUUGUGAGCACAUGGGGGAUAGGGGGGAAUAAGGGGGAUUGAAAAACUAAAACUUUAACAGCUUCAUGCUUUUUUUGUUCACCUGCUUUUGAUGAAUGAGAAACUUUGAUGAUAAAAAUGUUGAGCUUAUUUUAGUGUUUAUCAAGGUGAGAAAAAAGGGAUGUAGUGGCAGAAACAGACAUUUAUUCAUUUGUCAUCAGGUUAACUCUGACUAUGUAUCUCCGUAUCACAGGACUACCAUUGGCAGUGGCGGUCCUUCCUAACCAGUGGUUUCACUGCUGUUUAUUUCCUGAUAUAUGCAAUUCAUUACUUCUUCUCCAAGCUUCAAAUCACUGGACUGGCAAGCACAAUCCUUUACUUUGGAUACACCAUGAUCAUGGCUCUGAUCUUCUUCUUAUUCACUGGUAUGUAUCAAAGACAGGGUCUAUGAAGUUUGAUGUUUUUUUGUUUGUUUGUUUGUUUGUUUUUUUGUGUCAAAAUGCAAAAUGAUUGUCUUUAUUUACUAAGAACAACACCUGAUGUGAGAAAUUUGGCUGUGCAGAUGCAUGGCCUUUUGGAGCAUUUUACAUAAUAUUUCAUAUUAGUCUGUAACCUCCUAUCUGUGUGCUGUAUGUGUUAGAGGUGAAAAGCUGAAGUUACUGAUGUUAACAUUAAAGAUCCAGGUGCCCUGGCCCACAGCCCCCUCAAUCAGUAAAAAUGUCAGACUGAGCGGUGGUUUUGCACAUCAAAUCUUUAAACUGUGUUCAUAAAGACCUUUUAACAUUAACUUCAAUUAGAGUAACACGAGCUUAAGUGGCUAUUUGGUUAACUAGCUCCAGGUGAGAAAUGAAAAACCUCUGAUAGUAGUGACAAAGUUUACAGUUACUCUCUCAGAAAUCAAGUCAUGAGAACAAGAUGCACUGCAAAGCAAGGUGAAAAACUUAAAGGUCUGCCUGUCUGCAGGGGUGAAAGUGAGGUUUACUCAUGAUGAAACUGUAGUAUAUUGUCUUUUAUGUGUAGCUACUUCUACUUUAAGAAUAAUUUUUAAGAUUGGUACAAGCAUUAAACUGCAUUUUAACUAGCUGAGCUCUACCACCUGACAGGUAAGUGAAGGAACCCUUGAUAACCUCUCCAACCACCAUUAAGAUAGACAACCAGCUAAAACCUGAGUUUCAUUACUGUGAGCUGUCCUACAAGCUGCACCCCUAUAUCUGCCCAUAUGUGGAGCUGCCAGUUUUCACUUAACUGAAAUGGUACCAGAUCAAGACACUCCACAUAGUUUCUUUUUAUCUUCAUGAAUUGUCUUUGAACUGAGCCAGAGAUAUCAGAUGGAUUGAUCUUGUCGGGAGAUUUAAACUUCUGGUAUUGAUGCUUAUUUUUGAGUCCUGAAUAUUUUAUAUCAUUACAGCACUUGUGUGUCUCCUCUGCUCUCAGGUACAAUUGGCUUCUUCGCCUGUUUCUGGUUUGUUUCUAAGAUCUACAGUGUGGUCAAAGUCGACUGAAAGAUCCAAAAACACAAAAUUCAACUGGAAUAGAUGGAGUCUGCCUUCUCCGAUGAGCUUCUGAAGCCCUCCGAACUGUCAAAAUGGGCCGAACUUCUGAACCUUAACCUCUCAUAUGCUCCAGCACAGACGUCUCUGUGCUUGCAUGUGUUCACUUCUUAAUAACUUUGUACAUAAAGUAUCUACCUGCAUUAAGUCUGAACAAGAAGAACCCUAAAUGUUUUUUCAAUGAAUGCCACAUUAGAGGAGGCCCCAUUCAUAGGCACAGUCUAGAUGUCCACAGACUGUACCAGCAGAAGACUUUAGGUUGAUCUCUUUGAUUGCAGAUGUGGUGUGAAACUGCAGAUUUUUCAAAUAAAGUUGUGGGUUGUUGCUUUUGACAGCUGCUUGAC